AUGGCCGACCUCGACCUCCAAGCCGUCCACGAUGAAAUGGUGGCCGUCGCCUACGAGGCCGGCCGGAUGAUGCUCGCCGCCGACCCGGCCCGCCUCGACACCCACACCAAGCUCAACUCUGUCGACAUCGUCACCGAGGCCGACCGCGCCGUUGAGCACAUGAUCCUCACCCGCCUAUCUGCCGCGUUCCCGUCCAUCUCCUUCCUCGGCGAGGAGACCUACCAGCCCGGCAUGAGGCUCGGCCCGGAGCCGACUUUUGUCGUCGACCCUAUUGACGGCACCACCAACUUUGUGCACUCGUUCCCCAGCGCGUGCACCUCGCUCGGCCUGGCGGUCGGCCGCCGCCCCGUCGUCGGCGUCAUCUACAACCCGUGGCAGGACGUGCUGUUCACGGCCGUCGACGGCCGCGGCGCGCACAUGACGCGCGGCCGGGGCGCCGCGCCGCAGAGGCUGCCGCUGGCCCGGCCGCCCCGGCCGCUGGGCGGGCUGGCCGGCGCCCUCGUCGCCGUCGAGUGGGGGGCCGACCGCGACGGCGCCAACUUUGAGCGCAAGACGGCCGUGUUCAAGAGGCUCGCGGGGAGCCGCGAGACGGGCGGCGCCAUGGUCCACUCGCUGCGGUCGCUGGGCUCCGCGGCGCUCAACAUGGCCGCCGUGGCGGCUGGCCAGAUGGACGCCUACUGGGAGGGCGGCUGCUGGGCCUGGGACGUCUGCGCCGGCUGGUGCAUCCUCCGCGAGGCCGGCGGCCGCGUCGUCAGCGGCAACCCGGGCGGCUGGGACGCCGACCUCGAGUCGCGCGUCUAUCUGGCGGUGCGGGCGGCGCCCGCCGGCCAGCGCGAGCUGGUCGACGAGUUUUGGAGCGUCAUCGGCGACGCGAGCUUGGAGUACUCGGCCUGA